GGAUAAGAGAAAGGAAAAAACAAACUUCUGUGUAAUUCUCCUUGCCCGGUUUUUGGUUUCUGUUUCUGUUUAGUCGAAUUCAUAAAUGGAUUACAAGAUGCAUGCCAAGUCAAACGAUUUGCUGGAUUUCCAAAAACUGGACGCCCUUCUGGAAAAAAUUGCACAUUCAGUCUCUGUGAAAAGAGAGUCCAGCGAGGAGUGCAAUGGGAUCAGUGGUGCUCUGUCAGUGGAGUCUGUGCCGGGGCCAAGACUGAACUGGUGUCCUGCCCACACCACUACCGCUGCCCCUGCAGCUCCAGCUCAAGCUCCAGCUCGGGGGCCUGAGCCCAACCCUGGUAGAAUGGGGGACGGCCUGGAUGCAGCACAGAUGUCGGGCAGCAGCAGCAGCAGUAGCAGCAGCAGCAGCAGCAGCCAGGGGCAGGCCCAGCAAAUGGGCAAUCCCCCACCCCCAGAGUACAUCAAUCCCGAAAGGCCAAAGCGCCAGACUAAUCAGCUGCAGUACCUGCUCAAGGUGGUGGUGAAGUCCCUGUGGAAGCACCAGUUUGCCUGGCCCUUUCAUAUACCAGUGGAUGCGAUCAAACUUAACCUGCCUGACUACUACACAAUAAUCAAAACUCCCAUGGACAUGGGAACAAUCAAGAAAAGGCUUGAGAACAGUUACUACUGGAAUGCCCAAGAAUGUAUCCAAGACUUCAACACGAUGUUUACUAACUGCUACAUAUACAACAAGCCUGGCGAUGACAUAGUCUUAAUGGCUGAGUCUCUAGAGAAGGUUUUCCUCCAAAGGAUCACAGAAAUGCCUGUGGAAGAAACCGAGAUUGUUGUCAUGACAGGGAAGGGCCGUGGCCGUGGCCGAAGAGAAGGAGGUCUGAACUUGAAACCAGGGGCCAUCAUCGAUCCAUCGUCCACGACUCCUCAGACACGCGGUCUGUCAAAUCUCUCUGCAGCACCGCUGAGCAGAGGACCAGUGCAGGGCCCGCCUUCACUACCUCCCCAGCCUUUGAUGCAGGCCCUGCCGUCCCACGUGCCCCCAAUGUUACCCAGCCAUGCGCCACAGCUCGGAGCUCCCUACUCCCUGGGCCAAUCAGACUCUGCUCCUCAAGGUCCCAUCAUGACUUCUGUGCCUCCCCUUGCUCAGACCUCCCUUCCCCCAGCAUCCAUCCAGAGCACUGCCCCCAUGCUGCAGAACCAGAUUACCAUGACCAAACAAAGAAAGAGCCAGAAAAGGAAAGCUGACACUACAACGCCCACAGCAAAUGACCAACUGAGUGAGUCUUCACCAGCGGAGUCCAAAUCUGGGAAGACACUACCCAGGCGAGAGAGUACCCGGCCUACAAAACUGAUAAAGAAGGAUGCACCGGACUCCCAGCAUCACAUAGGCAUUGGGAUGGGACUUAGUGGACCAAGUGGAGGUCAUAGCCCAAAACCACAGGAUCAGCUGGGUUACUGCGCUAGUCUGGUUAGGGAUAUGCUGUCUAAGAAGCAUGCUGGUUACGCCUGGCCAUUUUACAAACCUGUUGACGUGGCUGCACUGGGACUCCACGAUUAUCACGAUAUCAUCAAAUAUCCAAUGGACCUUAGCAGCAUCAAGGUCAAGCUGGAGAACAGGCAAUACCGGGAACCCCAGGAGUUUGCUGCUGACGUACGAUUAAUGUUUUCCAACUGCUACAAAUACAAUCCACCAGACCACGAGGUGGUAGCUAUGGCACGCAAACUACAGGAUGUCUUUGAGAUGCGCUUUGCCAAGAUGCCAGACGAACUUGAGUGCAAGCCUCUCGUUUCUGCCCCGACUCCUACACUUCACCAUCCUGCCCCUGUUAAGCCCCAGCCUCCUUUGGCCCACAUCGCCUCAUCUACGGACAGCUCCAGUGACUCGUCCUCCGAGUCUGAGUCUUCAACAGACGACUCUGAGGAGGAGAGAGCCCAGAGGUUGGCAGAGCUCCAGGAACAGUUGAAGGCUGUCCAUGAGCAGCUGGCUGCCUUGUCCCAACCACAAGCCAGUAAACCAAAGAGAAAAGAGAAGGAAAAGAAGGAGAAGGAGAAGGAGAAGAAGAAAGAAAAGCAUAAGAAGAAAGGAGGCUUGUCUGGCCUUGUAGAUGAAAUCCAGGAUGUUACACCUGUUCCACAGCUCUCCAAGAAGACAAAGAAUAGUAACAAUAACAACAAAGAGGUUGUACCCAAGAAGAAACCUAGUAAAAAGGAAGGGAUGAAAAGCAAUCAUCCCUCUAACCUGCUCCCGGUACCCGGCCUGGAGGAUGAUCUGGGGGCCGCUGGGUCAUCGGCAUCUGGGGAAAAGUGCAGGCCUAUGUCGUACGAGGAGAAGAGGCAGCUAAGUCUGGACAUCAACAAACUUCCUGGUGACAAGCUCGGCCGUGUAGUGCAUAUCAUCCAGUCCAGAGAGCCCUCACUCAAAAACUCAAACCCUGAUGAGAUUGAGAUUGACUUUGAGACGCUAAAACCCUCCACGCUACGCGAGCUGGAGAGAUACGUGUCUUCCUGCCUCCGCAAGAAGAAAAAGGUUCAAGUUGAGAAGCCUGUGGAGUCCAUGGCUACCUCCAAAAAGACUGGAUCCUCUUCAGAGAGCAGUGGCUCCAGCACAGACAGCGAAGCUGAAGGGACAGGAAUCAUAAAGCAUCAGAAGAAGAAGGGCCAGUCUGUGAAGGAGGGGAAGAAGAGCCAUCCUCAUGUACACAUUCACAGUGGCCCUGCUCAGACUGGGCUUCAUUCCCAAGUUGCAGUCCAGAUGAAGCAGCACCCUCAGCCGCCCCCCGCAGGCUUCAUUGCUCCCCCUGUAGCGGCUCUGGAGUCUUCCCAGUUACUGGAGACUAGCUUUGAAUCCCUGCCGCCUUUCAGCCAGCCCCUCAUGCAUCUAACCCACCACGCAGGCAACUCCUCGCCCGCACCGCCGCACCUCAACGCUCAUUCUGCCGGGCCAGUGUCCCCUGAGACCCACCCCUUCCUCAACCAGCAUCCCGUCCUCACAUCUCCAGCUUUGCACAUUUCCAUGCCUCAGCAGCCUUCUCGACCCAGUCACAAGGCAGCGCCGCUUCAUCCUAAACCCCCUCAGCAGCAACCAGCAACUCCUCAGCAGCAGCAGCCAGCCCUGCAACAGCACCCCCUGCAGCAGCAGCCAGCCCUGCAGCAGCAGCCAGCCCUGCAGCAGCAGCCCUGCAGCCCCCUGCAGCAGCAGCCAGCCCUGCAACAGCAGCCAGCCCUGCAGCAGCAGCAGCAGCAACCCCAGCUCCAGCUCCAGCCCCAGUCAGCACCACCACCACCACAACCACAACCACCACCACCAACGCACCAGCUUUCCUCUCAGAUCCUCCACCCUCCUCAGCCCCUGCACCAGCGGCCCAUGUCCCCUCCAACACUCACACCCCAGGGCUUGCUGUCUUCCCAGCCCCCCCAGAUGCUGCUGGAGGAUGAUGAAGAGCCAGGGUCCACGACGCCUUUGAACCAAGUACAAUUAUACCUGCAGCAGUUCCAACAAGCCCGUCAGCCCCAGCAGUCUAUGCAGUCGCUCCAGACGCAGGCUCGUCAGCAGCAGCAGCAGCAGCAGCAGCAGCAACAACAACAACAACAACAACAACAACAACAUCAACAACAACAACUAGGACAGAUCUCUCUUCUGCAGUCUGUCCAGGGACAAUCUCAACUAUCCUCUCAGACCACCCUGCCCCCCCCACAGCUCCCUAUGCAGUCCACUCAGCCAGCCCCGUCACAUCAGGCCCCGCCCCAACAGAUGCCUCUACACCAGGUCCGCCACAUGCAGCAUUCUCAGCCGCAGCAACAGCAGCCCCAACAGCAACAACUGAACUACCAGCAGGGUCCAGGACUAGCUGGUCAGUCCCAGGGAUCACAACACAAGGUAUCCAUGCCCCCCAACAAAGCACAGCAGAUCAUCCAGCAGCAGCAGCAGCAGCAGCAGCCCUCCCCUCGUCCAAUCAAGGCUGAACCUUACAACGCAGGUCACAUGAGGGACAACCCAUCCCCUCUCAUGAUGCAUUCCCCUCAACUUCCCCAGUAUCCACCGGUCUCUCACCAGUCCCCACCUCACAACAUGCAGCCCAAAAAGCAGAGGGCCCCUGGGAGCCAUGUUGUAAUAAAGGAGGAGAAACUUCCUCCAUCACCAGUGAUGAGAGGAGAGCCAUUUAACCCUGCCAUGAGACCAGACCAUCAUAAACAUCCCGAUAUCAAGCCUUCACAACCAGGCCACGGCCAACAGAAUGUAAAGUCCAUGGACAGUUUGCGGCCUGUCAUCCGCUCCUCGGAAUCCAGCGGGCUGCCCUCCUCUCUGCAAGAAAAGGAGAAGUUCAAGCAGGAGUCCAAGGUGCCCAUUGCCCCCAAAAAGGUACAGGAUGUGAAACUGAAGAAUAUGGGCUCAUGGGCCAGCCUGGCACAGAAGUCCACAUCUACACCCUUAUCUGCAGUGAAGUCAUCCAGUGACAGUUUUGAGCAGUUCCGUCGUGCUGCCCGGGAGAAAGAGGAGAGGGAGAAAGCUCUGAAGGCCCAAGCCGAGCAGGCGGAAAAGGACAGACAACGCAGAGAGCAGGACAAACUACGAGGUCGAGAUGAAGAGGACAUCAUGGAACCAAGCAGGAGGGUGCAUGAGGAGCCACGCAGACGUCUGGAGCAGCAACACAUUCAAGCUCCUUCGCAACAGCAGCAACAGCAACAACAACAACAACAGCAGCAACAACAACAGCAGCAACAGCAGCAGCAACAACAACAACAACAACAACAGCAGCAGCAGCAGGAGCCCCAGCCAGCUGCCAUUCAGCAGCCUCCUCAACCCCCGACACCGCCUCAGCCUGCCGCACAGAACCCACUUGACCAACAGAGGGAACUAGCACGCCGCCGAGAGCAGGAACGGAGGAGGCGAGAAGCGAUGGCGGCAACUAUUGACAUGAAUUUCCAAAGUGACUUAAUGGCUAUCUUUGAGGAGAACCUGUUUUGAGGAGAGGAGCAACUGAAACAUAACUGCAAAAAAAAAGAAAAAAGAAGAAAAAAAAAAAAGAAAAAAACAACCUUGGAUUAUGUUAACUCCCUUUCUAAAGAGAGAUUUGCCGACCAUGCACCACAGAGGGACACAAAACUGUAUGUAGAUGUGACGGGGCCCUUGGAAUGGAGUACAAACGCUGGACGGGCACUCGCAGGUCGCUUUGUCCCUGGGGACUGACCACACACACAACACAUGGGGAUAGUCUCACUGUUUUUGGAUGUCGUAUCCUGGGAAUUUGGCAUCGCCUGCCUAAUAUCCCUAACAGGAGAAAGAGGACCCACGUUGGCACAGUUGCCUUUGUCACUUGCUUCUUACAGUGUGUGUGUGUGUGUGUGGCCGCAUCAAUGAAUUGCAAGAGUAAGGACAUCCCAAUAACUAUGAAAAUGCUCUGAUAAUGUACUGACAGACUGUGCAGAGGUGGUUUUUGAAACUGCCAGAUAUCUGAGGUGGUGAAGAAGACUGGUCUUUUAUGUUUUUUGUUUUGAUUGUUGUAAGUGAACAAA